CGAGUAUCAGUGAUUUGUUGCCCCACAGCGUGAACACAAAUGGAUGUGGUGUGAGGAGCCGAAAGAUGUCAUUCACACUACACCUGUGCUGCCGCCUCCUGGACGGACGCGACUCCUUUGCAGCGACUGUACUAUAAGUGAACGGACUGCUUAUGAGCCCCACUCAAAGCGAGAGAACCACACACAAGGAGCGGGAUGGCGAGGGUAUUGCUGCUGCACCUCCGCGUCCUUCUCGUGGGGCUCUUUUUAACAGAAAACUUGGCCGUCCACGCAAACAGGGGGGCAACAUCGCCCGACGAAGAUCGGGACAAAGAGAACGAAGCGGAUACGCCAUGUGAGGUGAAAUCGGUUACCGUCUCGACCCUGCCCGUACUCCGGGAGAACGAGUUCAGCUUCACCGGCGGAGCCUCGGGGAACGUGGUCGGAGGAGGAGGGGGUGCUGCUGGAGCAGGUGGUGCUGCUGGAGGAGGAACUGGAGGAGGAGGAGGAGGAGGAGGAGGGGAAUCCCGACUCCUGUUAUUCGUUAGGACCGACCUACCUGGGCGAAUUUCCGUAAUGGAUGAUCUUGACAACACAGCUCUCCCCUACUUCACACUCGGCGGCAACAAGGAAUGCUGAGCAGAAGGAGAGGGACAGAGCCAAAAAAUCACUGGAGCCAAAGGGAGGAUAAUCCAAGUGGUCAACAUCCGCUUAAGUAGACUGCUUGGCACUGGACAAAAAUGUUUGAGCACAGUGUUUUUACAUGCAUUUUAAAAUCAGUAUUACA